AUGGCCAUAUAUGACCUAGCGUCGAAGUGCGGCGACCUCUUUGAUGAACUGGUUGCCCAUGAAAAUGACCCUUAUGGUCGCUGCCGUGAAAACCAGAUACGGUUUGAAAACUGGGCUUUCCACCAUGAUAUUUUUGAACCCAAAGACUUGAGUCUCGAUGAGAAGCUCCGACAUAAUGCCGCAUCCUUCCAAAAGUUUGUUGAGGCCCACCUGAUGUUCCUGUCAGACUUGCUGAAUCGUAUCCACGGGACCAGCGAUGGCGGUACUCAUCCACAGAUUAAAGUGAAUGAACAAGAACAGAAAUCUCUGAGCGACCUCAUCUCCGAGGAAGCCGAGGAAUUUAAAUGCGUAGUUAAGGGCGUUGAUGACCUUUAUAGACUAAGCUUCUUGAUGAUAUCAAGGUUAGCUCAGUGCAAGAUCAUCGAUAUGUUGGGAUUUGCUCACCAUCCUGAUCUCCUGACAUUCCAACAUUUAUGCUGGCAGUCGGUCGCGAUACUAUAUCCAUAUAUUCACCGAGAACUAAGGGAUCGCCUCGGCGCGUCAAUGACUCGAAGGUAUGCUGCAAAGUUCCACCAGAAAUUUGUCCAAUCCACGGUACAGAGACUCCAAACACAUCCCAGCACGAUGACAGCUGGAAAUGGAGAACCAGAAGAAUCUAAUGAGGAUCGAGUGCCCAACAAAACUGAGAAGGCAAGAGGUAUUCAACACCGGACCACCAUUUCUUCCCGAUCGGACUUCACCACAGGUGGCUCCGAACAAGGGCAGGGGAUAUUGAAUGAUUCACUGAAGUUGGGCUCAAAACUUCAGCAAACCUGGUCAGACCAAUUCCAUCAAGAGAACUACCCCGACCCUCCGAAAAGGAAUGCAGAUACCAUCUCCUGUGAGUGGUGUUCUGCGGACCUUCCAGAAGAGACUCUGAAACCAGGAUAUUGGAGACAACAUGUCAAUGCCGACCUUAUGCCAUAUCCGUGCAUAGCAGAAGAAUGCACUGAGUCUCAUGCUCAGUUCGCUGAAUUUGUUGAUUGGUUUAAUCACAUGCAAGGACAUGACGAAAAUUGGCACAAAAAUAUUUACCGAACGCUGUCCUGGAUGUCAUUAAUACAGAAUAAUCAAGAGACCUCAAUCCAAGGUACCAAUAGCGGUAGCAUCAAUGCCGAUAUUGACGAUAAUUCUUCCUGUGGGCUCUCGACAAUUGAUUCACUAGAAGCGACUGAGGAAGAACUAUCAGAAAGUGCAUCUAUUAGCGGCAGCGAGUUUGACCCAGUUUUGGAGACCCCAGUUCCAGAUAACGACCCACUCAAUGAUUGGAGCCAUAUCCCCCGUCGUGAUGUGGCCCCUGAGGAGGACGAGUUCCUCCAGCAGGUGAUCAAAUCGGGCGCGUAUCAGUCACACCUGAAUGUUGAGCAACAAGAACCUGCUCCGGUCCAUCGACGUCCGCAUUUCACUCGGUCCAAACAACAAGCAAAUGAACGUCGGUUCAUUUGUGUCUUUGCCCCUUACGGCUGCACGAGUGCAUUCUCCACGAGGGCAGAAUGGAAACGCCACGUUUCCGUUGAGCAUCUACGAUUUGGCUUUUAUCGAUGUGAUGCUAAAGCUUGCAAAAUCCCUAAGGCUUCUUCAUCAAACGGCCAAUCCUCACACUCUGGUACAUGUUCCUUAAAUGAGUUUAAAUACAAGGAUGGCCUUGUAAAGCACCUACGUGACAUUCACUCACCAUGGGCUUUGUCGGGGUCUCGUAGACCUAGCAAGAGGGAUCGGGAGCUUUUUAAUGAUUCCAUUGAAACGAUAGCUAGACGGUGUUGGGUUCUGGAAUUUUCAGCACCAGAGUACAGUGUGUGCAACUUUUGCAGCCACGAAUUUUAUGGUCAACAUUAUUGGGACGAACGCAUGGACCAUGUUGGAGACCACCUUGAGAGGGGAGACCCGGAACAAGCUGAAGAUUCCGGCUUGCGGAAAUGGGCGGUCAGAGAACGCCUUAUUAGGAAACGAAGGUAUCAAUGCAAAAUUUACACUAUCAAGCUAGUUCAUUCAACGUUUGACCGCUAG